CUUGCAUAUUCUAUUCUUAAAUUUGCUUCAUUCAACCCGUAUUCUGUCCUUUUGUGCAAAUCAGAGAAAACCUUUGCGGACUCAUCCUUUUAUAGCGACCCGAGCGGAUACUACCCGACGAUUGAAGAGCAAAUGGAAAUGGCCAAAAAGGUGGCAGAAAGCCUUCACGCCCCUGACAACUUCCAGUCACGGGGAGCAAACAUGUUUGAGAAGCAGCGUCUUCGAGCUGACAGGCAUGUUAAAGAGGGCCCCGAACCAACGCCUGAUCCCUACGAAGAGGUGAAUCCCUUGCUUUAUUGA